CUCCUCACUGCCACUGCCUGCCGAGAUCAACAGCCGGUUGGUCGUGGCUCAUUGAACCCCUGUUGCAGGGGACAAGCAAGAGGGACCUCCAAGGGAACCAACGGGACCCACCCUGCCCUGCCCUGAGACACCCCCCUCCCAGGGUUGGGGGCAGAGCAGGUGCAGAGGCACUGCCCAGCCUCCUGAAUGAUGCCAACCCAGUGUCCUCUAACCUCCAGUCUGGCCCUCCUGGUGCUGCUGGGUACAGCCAGAGCAGGCCCCUUCUCUUCACGGUCCAAUGUGACACUCCCAGCCCCACGGCCCCCUCCUCAGCCAGGGGGCCCCUCUUCUCAGCUUUAUGAGCAUACAGUGGAAGGAGGAGAGAAGCAGGUGGUAUUCACCCACCGUAUUAACCUGCCCCCUUCUGCUGGCUGUGGCUGUCCCCCGGGCACUGAGCCCCCUGUCCCUGCUUCAGAGGUGCAGGCCCUGAGGGUCCGGCUAGAGAUCCUGGAGGAGCUGGUGAAGGGGCUCAAGGAACAGUGCACUGGGGGAUGUUGCCCUGCGGCUGCCCAGGCUGGCACAGGUCAGACAGAUGUGCGAAGCCUCUGCAGCCUUCAUGGUGUGUUUGAUCUGAGCCGCUGCGCCUGUUCUUGCGAGCCAGGCUGGGGCGGGCCCACCUGCUCAGACCCCAAAGACUCUGGGAUGUCCCCCUCCUCCCCGCCUUCAGCCUCUGGGUCCUGCCCCGAUGACUGCAAUGAUCAGGGUCGUUGUGUCCGCGGUCGCUGCGUGUGCUUCCCUGGCUAUACCGGCCCCAGCUGUGGCUGGCCGUCCUGCCCUGGGGACUGCCAAGGUCGCGGGCGCUGUGUGCAGGGCGUGUGCGUGUGCCGCGCUGGUUUCUCAGGCGCUGACUGCGGCCAGCGCUCCUGCCCUCGGGGCUGCAGCCAGAGGGGACGCUGCGAGAAUGGGCGCUGCGUGUGCGACCCCGGCUACGCCGGCGAGGACUGCGGCGUGCGGAGCUGCCCUCGUGGUUGUAGCCAGAGGGGACGCUGCGAGGACGGGCGCUGCGUGUGCGACUCCGGCUACACCGGCGAGGACUGCGGCCAGCGCUCCUGCCCUCGGGGCUGCAGCCAGAGGGGACGCUGCGAGAAUGGGCGCUGCGUGUGCGACCCCGGCUACACCGGCGAGGACUGCGGCGGGCGGACCUGUCCCUGGGACUGUGGCGAGGGCGGGCGCUGCGUGGACGGCCGUUGCGUGUGCUGGCCCGGGUACACCGGCGAGGACUGCAGCACGCGGACGUGCCCGCGCGACUGCAGGGGCCGAGGGCGCUGCGAGGAUGGCGAAUGCAUCUGCGACGCGGGCUACAGCGGGGACGAUUGCGGCGUGCGCAGCUGCCCUGGCGACUGCAACCAAAGGGGCCGCUGCGAGGACGGCCGCUGCGUGUGCUGGCCUGGGUACACGGGGCCUGACUGCGGCGCGCGGGCCUGCCCACGCGACUGCAGGGGCCGCGGGCGCUGCGAGAACGGCGUGUGUGUCUGCAACGCGGGCUACAGCGGCGAGGACUGCGGCGUGCGCAGCUGUCCGGGGGACUGUCGCGGCCGGGGCCGCUGCGAGAGUGGCCGCUGCGUGUGUUGGCCUGGGUACACAGGCCGGGACUGCGGCACGCGCGCCUGCCCUGGUGACUGUCGCGGGCGGGGGCGCUGCGCGGACGGCCGCUGCGUGUGCAACCCAGGCUUCACCGGCGAGGACUGUGGGAGCCGUCGCUGUCCCGGGGACUGCCGUGGGCACGGCCGCUGUGAGGAGGGCGUGUGCGUGUGCGACGCGGGCUACUCGGGCGAGGACUGCAGCGCGCGCAGCUGCCCCGGGGGCUGCCGAGGCCGCGGCCAGUGCGUAGACGGGCGCUGCGUGUGCGACGACGAUUAUUCGGGGGAGGACUGCGGUGCGAGGCGGUGCCCGCGCGACUGCAGCCAGCAUGGCGUGUGCCAGGACGGGGUGUGCAUCUGUUGGGAGGGCUAUGCGGGCGAGGACUGUAGCAUCCGCACCUGCCCCUCCAACUGCCUCGGCCGCGGCCGCUGUGAGGAUGGGCGCUGCGUGUGCAACCCAGGCUACACUGGCCCCAUCUGCGCCACUCGCAGCUGCCCGGCUGACUGCCGGGGUCGUGGGCGCUGUGUGCAGGGUGUGUGCGUGUGCCACGCGGGCUAUGGCGGAGAGGACUGCAGACAGGAGGAGCCUCCUGCCAGCGCCUGCCCUGGGGGCUGCGGGCCUCGGGAACUGUGCCAGGCGGGCCGAUGUGUGUGUGUUGAGGGCUUCCGAGGCCCUGACUGUGCCAUCCAGAUGUGCCCAGGGGACUGCCGCGGCAGGGGAGAGUGUCGCCAGGGCAGCUGUGUCUGCCAAGACGGCUAUGCCGGGGAGGACUGCGGGGAAGAGAUGCCAGCCAUUGAGGGCAUGAGGAUGCACCUUCUGGAAGAGACAACCGUUCGGACAGAGUGGACCCGGGCUCCUGGCCCUGUGGAUGCCUACGAAAUCCAGUUCAUCCCCACGACAGAGGGGGCGAGCCCCCCAUUCACCGCGCGGGUGCCUGGCUCUGCCUCAGCCUAUGACCAGAGAGGACUGGCCCCCGGCCAAGAAUACCAGGUCACUGUCCGUGCCCUUCGAGGGACCAGCUGGGGCCCUCCUGCCUCCAAGACCAUCACCACUAUGAUCGAUGGUCCCCAGGACCUCCGAGUGGUGGCUGUGACACCGACCACACUGGAGCUCAGCUGGCUGCGUCCCCAGGCCGAGGUGGACCGAUUUGUGGUGUCCUAUGUCAGUGCCGGCAACCAGAGGGUGCGGCUGGAAGUGCCCCCUGAAGCAGACAGGACACUGCUGACUGACCUGAUGCCAGGCGUGGAAUAUGUGGUGACUGUCACAGCGGAGAGGGGCCGGGCGGUCAGCUACCCGACUUCUGUCAGGGCCAACACAGAGGAGGGGGAGGCGUCCCGGGCCCGGCCAAGCCUGCCCCUACCCCCGCGGCGGCCGUGGGGCAACCUGACGGCCGAGCUGGGCCGCUUCCGCGGCACGGUGCAGGACCUGGAGCGCCACCUGCGGGCUCACGGCUACCCACUGCGGGCCAACCAGACUUACGCGUCGGUGGCGCGCCACAUCCAUGACUACUUGCAGCGGCAGGUGCUGGGCAGUUCCGCCGACGGCGCGCUCCUCGUGUCUCUCGACGGGCUCCGCGGCCAGUUCGAGCGCGUGGUGCUGCGCUGGCGGCCCCAGCCGCCCGCACAGGGCCCCGGGGGUGAGCUGACCGUGCCGGGCACCGUGCGCACCGUCAGCCUACCCGACCUCGAGCCCGGCACCACCUACCACGUGGAGGUCCACGGGGUGCGGGCGGGGCAGACCUCCAAGUCCUACGCCUUCGUCACCACCACAGGGUCCUCACCCUCAGGCCUCUUGGGGGCUACCGAUGAGCCUCCUCCCUCAGGCCCCUCUACGACCCAAGGGGCCCGGGCCCCUCUCCUGCAACAGCGCCCUCAGGAGCUCGGAGAGUUGAGGGUGCUGGGCAGAGACAAGACAGGGCGCCUCCAUGUGGCCUGGACUGCCCAGCCCGACACCUUUGCCCACUUCCAGCUGCGCCUGCGAGUACCCGAGGGGCUGGGGGCACAUGAGGAACUGCUGCCAGGGGACGUCCGCCAGGCCCUGGUGCCCCCACCCCCUCCUGGAGCCCCCUACGAGCUGUCACUCCGUGGGAUCCCCCCUGGGGGCAAGCCUUCUGACCCCAUCACCUACCAAGGCAUUAUGGACAGGGGUGAGGAGAAGCCUGGGAAGCCCUCAGGUCCACCACGCCUGGGCGAGCUGAUGGUGACGGCCAUGACCUCUGACUCCUUGCUCCUGCGCUGGACGGUCCCCGAGGGCGAGUUUGACUCCUUUGUGAUCCAGUACAAGGACAGGGACGGGCAGCCCCAGGUGGUGCCUGUGGAGGGGCCCCAGCGCUCGGCCCCCAUCACCUCCCUGGACCCGGGCCGCAAGUACAAAUUUGUCCUGUAUGGGCUCGUUGGCAAGAAGAGGCACGGCCCCCUGGUGGCUGAAGCCAAGAUCCUGCCUCAGAGUGACCCAAGCCCAGGGACCCCACCCCGCCUGGGAAAGCUGUGGGUGACAGACCCUACUCCAGACUCACUGCACCUCUCCUGGACUGUCCCUGAGGGCCAGUUUGACUCCUUCAUGGUCCAAUACAGGGACAGAGAUGGGCGGCCCCAGGUGGUACCUGUGGAAGGGCCUGAGCGUUCAGUCAUUGUCUCCCCGCUGGACCCUGACCACAAGUACAGAUUCACUUUGUUUGGGAUUGCCAACAAGAAGCGGCAUGGCCCCCUCACGGCCGAUGGCACCACUGCCCCAGAGAGGAAAGAGGAGCACCCCCGUCCUGAAUCUCCCGAGCAGCCCCUCCUGGGGGAACUGACAGUGACCGGCGUGACCCCAGACUCCCUGCGCCUGUCGUGGACGGUGGCCCAGGGCCCCUUCGACUCCUUCAUGGUCCAGUACAAGGAUGCACAGGGGCAGCCCCAGGCAGUGCCCAUCAAGGGGGAUGAGAACGAGGUCACCGUCCCCGGCCUGGAGCCCGACCGGAAGUAUAAGAUGAACCUGUACGGGCUUCGUGGCAGGCAGCGUGUGGGGCCCGUGUCUGUGGUGGCCAAGACAGCUCCUCAGGAGGGUGUUGGGGAGAUCCCCAGCCCCACAGAACCCAGCACGGAGGCCCCAGAGCCCCCGGAGGAGCCGCUCCUGGGAGAGCUGAUGGUGACAGGAUCGUCCCCGGACUCGCUGAGCCUCUCCUGGACCAUCCCCCAGGGCCACUUCGACUCAUUCACGGUCCAGUACAAGGACAGGGACGGCCGGCCCCAGGCGGUGCGUGUCGGGGGUGAGGAGAGAGAGGUGACCGUGGGGGGCCUGGAGCCCGGGCGCAAGUACAAGAUGCACCUGUACGGCCUCCACAAGGGGCAGCGCGUGGGCCCCGCGUCCACCGUGGGCGUGACAGCCCCACAACGGGAAGAAGAGACCCCUCCAGCUACCCAGCCGCCACUGGAGCCGCACCUGGGGGAGCUGACGGUGACAGAUGUUACCCCCAACUCCGUCGGCCUCUUGUGGACUGUUCCUGAGGGCCAGUUUGACUCCUUCGUGGUCCAGUACAAGGACAGCGACGGGCAGCCCCAGGUGUUGCCUGUGGCUCCAGACCAGCGGGAGGUCACCGUCCUCAACCUGGAGCCUGCAAGAAAAUACAGGAUGAACGUCUACGGGCUCCAUGGCAGGCAACGAGUGGGCCCCCUCUCCGUGGUAGCUGUGACGGAUCCCCUCCCACCGGCCCCGGCCACAGAGGCGCCCAAGCUCCCCCUGGAGCCCCGCCUGGGGGAGCUGACAGUGGUGGACGUGACCCCCGACUCCGUGGGCCUCUCCUGGACGGUCCCCGAGGGUGAAUUCGACUCCUUCGCGGUCCAGUACAAGGACAGGGACGGGCAGCCCCAGGUGGUGCCGGUGGCCGCAGACCAGCGGGAGGUCACCGUCCCCGGCCUGGAACCCUCCCGCAAGUACAAGUUCCUGCUCUUUGGGAUCCAGGAUGGGAAACGACGCAGCCCCGUCUCUGUGGAAGCGAAGACAGCUGCCCGAGGCGACGCCAGCCGGGAGGCCCCGCCCCAGCUCGGGGAGCUGUGGGUGACGGACCCCACCUCAGACUCGCUGCGCCUCUCCUGGACAGUCCCCGAGGGCCAGUUCGACUCUUUUGUGGUCCAGUUCAAAGACAAGGACGGGCCCCGGGUGGUGCCCGUGGAGGGCCGCCAGCGCUCAGUCGCCGUGGCCCCCCUGGAUCCUGGCCGCAAGUACAGGUUCCUCCUCUACGGCCUCCUGGGCAAGAAGCGCCAUGGCCCCCUCACUGCUGAGGGCACCACGGAGGCCUGGACUGCUGUGGAUACUGGAACAAAGCAUCCCCCAAAACCCCGUCUGGGGGAGGAGCUGCAGGUGACCAGCGUGACCCCGAACUCUGUGGGCCUCUCAUGGACAGUCCCCGAGGGCCAAUUUGACUCCUUUGUGGUCCAGUACAAAGACAGGGACGGGCAGCCACAGGUGGUGCCCGUGGAGGGCAGCCUCAGGGAGGUCGGCGUCUCGGACCUGCACCCCGCCCAUAGGUACAAGCUGCUGCUCUAUGGGCUGCAGGGCGGCAAGCGUGUGGGUCCCAUCUCUGCCAUCGCUGUAACCGCCCCCAGAGAAGAAAUGGAAGCAGAGACUGCAGCCCCCACUCCUUCGGCAUCCGAGCCCCGCCUGGGGGCGCUGACAGUGGAAGAGGCCACGCCGCGCACCCUGCAUCUCUCCUGGCUGGUGACGGAGGGAGAAUUUGACUCCUUUAAGGUCCAGUACACAGAUAGAGAGGGGCGACUCCAUGUGGUCGAUGUAAGGGGUGACCAGAAUGACAUCACGCUCUCUGGCCUGGAAUCCAACCACAGAUACCUGGUGUCCCUGUAUGGUUUCCAUGAUGGGCAGCGCGUGGGUCCUGCCCACAUUGAGGCUCUGACGGUCCCACAGGAGGAAGAAGAUGAGCCUUCAGAACCUCCCACCAUGACCCCCGAGCCUCCCAUCAAGCCUCUCCUGGGGGAGCUGACCGUGACAGACUCCACCCCCGACUCCCUGAGCCUGACCUGGACGGUCCCCGAGGGCCAGUUUGACCACUUCCUGGUCCAGUACAAGAACGGGGACGGGCAGCCCAAGGCGGUGCGGGUGCCGGGGCACGAGGACGGGGUCACCGUCUCAGGCCUGGAGCCAGACCACAAGUACAAGAUGAACCUGUACGGCUUCCACAGGGGCCAGCGCGUGGGCCCCGUCUCUGCCGUCGGGGUGACAGCUGCGGAGGAAGAGACCGCUGCCCCCACAGAGGUGGACGAGACCCCCAGCCCCACAGAACCCAGCACGGAGGCCCCAGAGCCCCCGGAGGAGCCGCUCCUGGGGGAGCUGAUGGUGACAGGAUCGUCCCCAGACUCGCUGAGCCUCUCCUGGACUGUCCCCCAGGGCCACUUUGACUCGUUCACGGUCCAGUACAAGGACAGGGACGGGCGGCCCCAGGUGGUGCGUGUCAGGGGUGAGGAGAGAGAGGUGGCCGUGGGGGGCCUGGAGCCCGGGCGCAAGUACAGGAUGCACCUGUACGGCCUCCAUGAGGGGCACCGCGUGGGCCCCGCGUCCACCGUGGGCGUGACAGCCCCCGAAGAGGAGUCCCCUCAUGCCCCACCUCCAAAGCCAAGCCUAGGCAAGAUGACAGUGACGGACGCCACCCCCGACUCCCUGAGCCUGACCUGGACGGUCCCCGAGGGCCAGUUUGACCACUUCCUGGUCCAGUACAAGAACGGGGACGGGCAGCCCAAGGCGGUGCGGGUGCCGGGGCACGAGGACGGGGUCACCGUCUCAGGCCUGGAGCCAGACCACAAGUACAAGAUGAACCUGUACGGCUUCCACGGGGGCCAGCGCGUGGGCCCCGUCUCUGCCGUCGGGGUGACAGCUGCGGAGGAAGAGACCGCUGCCCCCACAGAGGUGGACGAGACCCCCAGCCCCACAGAACCCAGCACGGAGGCCCCAGAGCCCCCGGAGGAGCCGCUCCUGGGGGAGCUGAUGGUGACAGGAUCGUCCCCAGACUCGCUGAGCCUCUCCUGGACCGUCCCCCAGGGCCACUUCGACUCGUUCACGGUCCAGUACAAGGACAGGGACGGGCGGCCCCAGGUGGUGCGUGUCGAGGGUGAGGAGAGAGAGGUGACCGUGGGGGGCCUGGAGCCCGGGCGCAAGUACAAGAUGCACCUGUACGGCCUCCAUGAGGGGCACCGCGUGGGCCCCGUGUCCACCGUGGGCGUGACAGCCCCACAAGAUGUGGACGAGACCCCCAGCCCCACAGAACCCAGCACGGAGGGCCCAGAGCCCCCGGAGGAGCCACUCCUGGGAAAGCUGAUGGUGACAGGAUCAUCCCCAGACUCGCUGAGCCUCUCCUGGACCGUCCCCCAGGGCCACUUCGACUCGUUCACGGUCCAGUACAAGGACAGGGACGGGCGGCCGCAGGUGGUGCGUGUCGGGGGUGAGGAGAGAGAGGUGACCGUGGGGGGCCUGGAGCCCGGGCGCAAGUACAAGAUGCACCUGUACGGCCUCCACGAGGGGCAGCGCGUGGGCCCCGCGUCCACCGUGGGCGUGACAGAGGAUGAACCGGAGGCCACGCAAGUGGUGCCCACCAUGACCCCCGAGCCUCCCAUCAAGCCUCUCCUGGGGGAGCUGACCGUGACGGAUGCCACCCCCGACUCCCUGAGCCUGACCUGGACGGUCCCCGAGGGCCAGUUUGACCACUUCCUGGUCCAGUACAAGAACGGGGACGGGCAGCCCAAGGCGGUGCGGGUGCCGGGGCACGAGGAUGGGGUCACCGUCUCAGGCCUGGAGCCAGACCACAAGUACAAGAUGAACCUGUACGGCUUCCACGGGGGCCAGCGCGUGGGCCCCGUCUCUGCCGUCGGGGUGACAGCUGCGGAGGAAGAGACCGCUGCCCCCACAGAGGUGGACGAGACCCCCAGCCCCACAGAACCCAGCACGGAGGCCCCAGAGCCCCCGGAGGAGCCGCUCCUGGGGGAGCUGAUGGUGACAGGAUCGUCCCCAGACUCGCUGAGCCUCUCCUGGACCGUCCCCCAGGGCCACUUCGACUCAUUCACGGUCCAGUACAAGGACAGGGACGGGCGGCCCCAGGUGGUGCGUGUCAGGGGUGAGGAGAGAGAGGUGACCGUGGGGGGCCUGGAGCCCGGGCGCAAGUACAAGAUGCACCUGUACGGCCUCCACGAGGGGCAGCGCGUGGGCCCCGCGUCCACCGUGGGCGUGACAGCUCCAGAGGAUGAACCGGAGGCCACGCAAGUGGUGCCCACCAUGACCCCCGAGCCUCCCAUCAAGCCUCUCCUGGGGGAGCUGACCGUGACGGAUGCCACCCCCGACUCCCUGAGCCUGACCUGGACGGUCCCCGAGGGCCAGUUUGACCACUUCCUGGUCCAGUACAAGAACGGGGACGGGCAGCCCAAGGCGGUGCGGGUGCCGGGGCACGAGGAUGGGGUCACCGUCUCAGGCCUGGAGCCAGACCACAAGUACAAGAUGAACCUGUACGGCUUCCACGGGGGCCAGCGCGUGGGCCCCGUCUCUGCCGUUGGGGUGACAGCUGCGGAGGAAGAGACCGCUGCCCCCACAGAGGUGGACGAGACCCCCAGCCCCACAGAACCCAGCACGGAGGCCCCAGAGCCCCCGGAGGAGCCGCUCCUGGGGGAGCUGAUGGUGACGGGAUCGUCCCCAGACUCGCUGAGCCUCUCCUGGACCAUCCCCCAGGGCCACUUUGACUCGUUCACGGUCCAGUACAAGGACAGGGACGGGCAGCCCCAGGUGGUGCGUGUCGAGGGUGAGGAGAGAGAGGUGACCGUGGGGGGCCUGGAGCCCGGGCGCAAGUACAGGAUGCACCUGUACGGCCUCCACGAGGGGCAGCGCGUGGGCCCCGCGUCCACCGUGGGCGUGACAGCCUCCCUGCCCACGCGGCCCCCCGUGGAGCCCCGCUUGGGGGAGCUGGCUGUGGCCGAGGCGACCUCGGACACCGUGCGCCUGUGGUGGUCGGUGGCCCAGGGCCCCUUCGACUCCUUCCUGGUGCAGUACAGGGAUGCGCAGGGGCAGCCGCAGGCAGUGCCCGUGAGCAGAGACCUCCGCGAGGUCACCGUCUUGGGGCUGGACCCGGCCCGCAAGUACAAGUUCCUGCUCUUUGGACUCCGGGAUGGGAAGCGCCACGGCCCGGUCCCUGCGGAGGCGAAGACGGCCCCAGACACGAAGCCCUCUCCCCGCCUGGGGGAGCUGACAGUGGUGGACGUGACCCCCGACUCCGUGGGCCUCUCCUGGACGGUCCCCGAGGGUGAAUUCGACUCCUUCGCGGUCCAGUACAAGGACAGGGACGGGCAGCCCCAGGUGGUGCCGGUGGCCGCAGACCAGCGGGAGGUCACCGUCCCCGGCCUGGAACCCUCCCGCAAGUACAAGUUCCUGCUGUAUGGCCUGGCAGGCCGCAAGCGGCUGGGCCCCGUCUCUGCCGAGGCCACCACCGCUGCCCUGGAGGAGGAGCCGCAGCCCCCUCCCCGCCUGGGGGAGCUGACAGUGGACAAGGAGACCCCAGACUCCCUGCGCCUGUCGUGGACGGUGGCCCAGGGCCCCUUCGACUCCUUUGUGGUCCAGUACAGGGACAAAAACGGGCAGCCCCAGUUGGUGCCUGUGGCCGCAGACCAGCGCGGGGUCACCGUAGAGGACCUGGAGCCUGGCAGGAAAUACAAGUUUCUUCUCUAUGGGCUCCUCAGAGGAAAGCGCCUGGGCCCCGUGUCGGUCCUGGGAAUGACAGCCCCAGAAGAGGACACACCAGGGCCAGAGGCCCCCGAGCCCCCUGAAGAGCCCCGCCUAGGGGUGCUGGCGGUGACCGACACAGCCCCAGACUCUAUACGCCUCUCGUGGAAUGUGGCACGGGGCCCCUUUGAUUCCUUCGUGGUCCAGUAUGAGGACACAGAUGGGCAGCCCCAGGCCUUGCUUGUGGAUGGUGACCAGAGCAGGGUCCUCAUCUCAGGCCUGGAGCCCAGCACCCCCUACAAGUUCUUCCUCUAUGGCCUCCAUGAAGGGAAGCGCCUGGGCCCCGUCUCCACCGAGGGCACCACAGGGCCAGCUCCUGCUGGUCAGACCCCAGGGGAGCCGGGGCCCCGCCUGUCCCAGCUGUCGGUGACUGAUGUGACCACCAGUUCGCUGAGGCUCAACUGGGAGGCCCCGCCCGGGGCCUUCGACUCCUUCCUGCUCCGCUUUGGGGUCCCGUCACCCAGCACUCUGGAGCCGCGUCCACGUCCCCUGCUGCAGCGGGAGCUGACGGUGCCAGGGACACGGCGCUCGGCUGUGCUCCGGGACCUGCGUCCGGGGACCCUGUACAGCCUGACGCUGUACGGGCUGCGCGGGCCGCACAAGGCCGACAGCAUCCAGGGCACCGCCCGCACCCUCAGCCCAGUUCUGGAGAGCCCCCGAGAUCUCCAGUUCAGCGAAAUUGGGGAGACCUCGGCCAAGGUCAGCUGGAUGCCCCCACCAUCCAGAGUGGACAGCUUCAAAGUCUCUUACCAGCUGGCGGAUGGAGGGGAGCCACAGAGCCUGCAGGUGGACGGCCAGGCCCGGACUCAGACACUCCAGGGGCUGAUCCCAGGCGCUCGCUACGAGGUGACUGUGGUCUCAGUCCGCGGCUUUGAGGAGAGCGAGCCUCUCACAGGCUUCCUCACCACAGUCCCUGACGGCCCCACCCAGCUGCGUGCACUGAACUUGACCGAGGAUUCUGCCCUGCUGCACUGGAAGCCCCCACAGAAUCCUGUGGACACAUAUGACGUCCGGGUUACAGCCCCCGGGGCCCCGCCUGUGCAGGGCUCAGCCCCGGGCAGCGCGGAGGACUACCCCCUGCGCCGCCUCGUGCUCCACACCAACUACACGGCGACCGUGCGGGGCCUUCGGGGCCCCAACCUCACCUCCCCGGCCAGCAUUACCUUCACCACGGGGCUGGAGGCCCCCCAGGACUUGGAGGCCAAGGAAGUGACCCCCCGCACGGCCCUGCUCACUUGGACUGAGCCCCAGGUCCCGCCCACAGGCUACCUGCUGAGCUUUGACACGCCUGGUGGACAGACCCAGGAGAUCCUGCUCCCCAGAGGGGUCACCUCUCACCAGCUCCUUGGCCUCUUUCCCUCCACUCCCUACAGCGCACGGCUCCGGGCCAUGUGGGGCGAGAGCCUCACACCGCCUGUGUCCACCUCCUUCACCACGGGCCGACUGCGGAUCCCCUUCCCCAGGGACUGUGGGGAGGAGAUGCAGAACGGGGCCAGCACCUCGAGGACCACCACCAUCUUCCUCAACGGCAACCGAGAGCGGCCCCUGAACGUGUUUUGUGACAUGGAGACUGAUGGGGGCGGCUGGCUGGUGUUCCAGCGCCGUAUGGACGGACAGACGGACUUCUGGAGGGACUGGGAGGAGUAUGCCCAUGGUUUUGGGAACAUCUCUGGGGAGUUCUGGCUGGGCAAUGAGGCCCUGCACAGCCUGACAAAGGCUGGGGACUACUCCAUGCGUGUGGACCUGCGGGCUGGGGACGAGGCCGUGUUUGCCCAGUACGACUCCUUCCGAGUAGACUCAGCGGCUGAGUACUACCGCCUCCACCUGGAGGGCUACCACGGCACCGCGGGGGACUCCAUGAGCUACCACAGCGGCAGUGUCUUUUCUGCCCGUGACCGAGACCCCAACAACUUGCUCAUCUCCUGCGCUGUCUCCUACCGAGGGGCCUGGUGGUACAGGAACUGCCACUACGCCAACCUCAAUGGGCUCUACGGGAGCACAGUGGACCACCAGGGAGUGAGCUGGUACUCCUGGAAGGGCUUUGAGUUCUCGGUACCCUUCACGGAAAUGAAGCUGAGACCAAGAAGCUUUCGGUCCCCAGCGGGAGGAGGCUGAGCUGUUGGCCGCCUCUCGCGCCCCAGUAUGACUGCCGAGCACUGAGGGGUCGCCGGAGAGAAGAGCCAGGGCCCGCCUUCACCACCCGGCCGCUGGAGGAAGCCUUCUCUGCCAGCGAUCUCACAGCACCAUGUUUACAGGGGGGAGGGGAGGGUUUUGUAUGGGAGCAAUAAAAGGGAAACUGAGGCA